GGCAGGAUGUCCCAGGAGAACCUCCUCGGCAUGGACGAGGGAGCGCUGCGGAAGCUGCUGGAGGCAACGUUGGACCUGGCUGAGCGGCGCCGUAUCCGCUCAGCCAUCAGGGAGCUGCAGCGGCAGGAGCUGGAGCGGGACGAGGAGGCGCUGGCAUCCAAGCGCUUCCGCCCAGAGCGCAGCAGCCACCGGCAGGACGACAAGGAGAACUGGCCGCGGUCCCGGCGCCUGGAGGAGGAGCAGCAGACAGCCCUGGCCGCCUUGUCCCGGCAGCUCGAAGGCAUCACCGACGUGGAGGAGCUGACAAAACUGCUGCGGGCAGCGGGUGAGUACGAGGAGCGCAAGCUGAUCCGAGCUGCCAUCCGCAAGCUGCGGGCCGAGGAGAUUGAAGCCGCAACCCUGGCUGGGAAUGUGCAGAGCAGCCGGAGGGAUCGCAGCGAGCCCCCCACUGUGCCCGGGGAUGUGAAAAGCAGCUGGAGGGACGAUGCUGAAACGCCAGCCCUGACUAGGAGUGGGAAGAGCAGUCAGAGGGACGAUACCGAGCUGCCAGCCCCAGCUGGGAGCGGGGAGAGCCGGGGUGAGGGCAGUGCCGAGGCCCUGGCCACAGCCAGGAGUGGGGAGAGCAGCCAGCAGGAUGAUGCAGAGCAGCCGGUGCUGACUCAGCCGGAGGAGAGCGGCCAUGGGGGGGCUGCAGAGCGGCCCCCUGCCCAGGAGCCCGAAGGCUCAGUGACCCACGAGCAAGAUGACGUGGUGGAGCACGAGCACAUCCCAGCUGAGAUGCAGGAGCUAUGCAGCCGGCAGGCGGGAGACCCCCAGAAACCCAGCACCCAGGCUGUGGUCUCGGGGACCCUUGUGCUCCUGGAGCUGCAGCCAGCCCCGGGACCCAGUCCAGAGCCCGAAGAUGGUGAUGAGGAGCCGGAGCACGACCAGCCAUGUUCCCUGGGCGCUGCCCAGACCAAGGGGCAGCACCCAGCAGUCUGGAAGGAAGAGAGCCUGGGCAGCCCUGCCACCGCCCAGGAGCCCAGUGGGGGGCAAAGCUGCCGGGUGGAGCAGCCCCCCCUGGGCCAGCCCAGUGCUAGCAGCCGGGGCAGCCAGCUUGGUGUUGGGGUGCGCGGCCAGGUGCUGGGGCCAGCCGGGAGACGCGGGGAGCAACCAGCAGUGGCAGUGCCCACCCAGGACGUAGCAGGGACCCCGGCUCGCCUGAACACUCACCGGUGGGAGCAAGCGCCCUCCUCCCCGCGACUGGCUGGACGCACGGAGCCGAGCCGUGCCGGGCCGCCGCCGCGGGCCACCUCGGUGCGGGAGCGAGCCCAGCGCUUCACCCCGGCGGGCCCGGGGCCGGCCCCCAGCGCGGCGGCAGCGGGCGGCCCGGCGGGGGCGGGCGGCGCGGGGGGGCGGGCCGGGCCCGGCCAAUGGCAACGGGGACCCCGCACGGCCCCGCCGGGGCCCGCUCAAAACGCGCGGGGCGGCGGCGGCGGAGGCGCAGAGCAGCGCCCGGCCCCGGUCCCCGCCGGCCCCCGCCCCGCCGGCCCCGGCCUCGACGGUAUGAAGACUUACUUCACCAUCGAGAUCAAGGAUGGGCGCGUGCAGCCCCUCGCGCCCCGCGUCGUGGCCGCCCCCGGCAGCCAGCGGGCAGAGGUGACCCUGGGGCUGCGGAGCUCCCCCAUCCGCAUCACCACCAUCCCCAGCAGUGGCAGCAGCGUCUGCAGCAUCAGCAGUGUCAGCAGCAAUGUCACCAAGGACCCUUGCGCCCACUUUGAGGGCACCGAGGAGCCCGGCGGCCCCGUGGCCCAUCCGCCCGCUUUCUCCAGCACGCGCCAGCAAUCGGCCCUGCACCUCUCCCGGAGCAACAGCGGCAUGGAGCCGGAGGUGGUGGAGCAGCCCCAGGCGCCAAGGCUGGAGCCGGAGCUGCCCAACGGCAUGGAGAAGGUCCAAGUGAGAGAGCUGGAGAGAAAGAGCAAGCUGAACAUUGAGGAGCUGAACAGGAUCGAGGAUGAGGAUGUUCUGGAUAAGAUGCUGGAUCGGACAACGGACUUUGAGGAGCGGCGACUGAUCCGAAACGCCAUGCGGGAGCUGCGCCAGCGCAAGCGAGACCAGCGGGAGAAGGAGCGGGACCAGCGGCUGCAGGAGACGAGGAGCCAGGCUAUGGCAGGAAGGGCCGGCCGUGCCACGGAGACCACCACCACGCAGAGCACCCAGUCAGCUGAUGGCUCAGCACGCAGCACCGUCACCAAGACCGAGCGUCUCGUCCAGUCUAGCGAUGGCACCAAGACCUCCCGUACCACAACCAUGGAGUCGAGUUACGUGAAGAGAUCGGACAAUGGCAAUAGCACAUUCGUUCAAACCAAAUCAUCCUACAGCUCCUCUUCCAAGAAGACGGGCAGCAUCUUUGACCGUGAAGAUGAAAGUGCCUCCAGACAGAGCAGCCUGGCCGCGCUGGAGCGGCGCCAGGCUGAGAAGAAGAAGGAGUUGAUGAAAGCUCAGAGCCUGCCCAAGACAUCGGCCUCGCAGGCUCGCAAGGCCAUGAUGGAGAAACUGCAGAAGGAGAGCGGGAGCUCGCCAAACCCUGCGGCGGCACGCACCGCCGUGCAGCGCUCCUCCAGUUUUGGUGUGCCUAAUGCCAACAGCAUCAAGCAGAUGUUGCUGGACUGGUGCAGAGCCAAGACCCGGGGCUACGAGCAUGUGGACAUCCAGAACUUCUCGUCCAGCUGGAGCGACGGCAUGGCCUUCUGCGCCUUGGUCCACAACUUCUUCCCCGAGGCAUUUGACUACAGCCAGCUGACGCCCCAGAACCGCCGCCACAACUUUGAGGUGGCCUUCUCCUCCGCAGAGACGCUGGUGGACUGCGUGCCCCUGGUGGAGGUGGAAGACAUGAUGAUCAUGGGGAAGAAGCCGGACUCCAAGUGCGUCUUCACCUACGUACAGUCCCUCUACAACCACCUGCGUCGUCACGAGUUGCGCAUGCGGCAGAAAGAGUGCUAGAACCUGCCCUGCCCACCGCCCCGCUGCCCCAUGCCCUCAGGGCUGCCGGCGGGCG